UUGGCUGUUGGGGGCUUCCGUCCGGGCGUCGCUCCGUGCCGUUCUACCUCGCGCACCAUGUCCGGCCGCGGCAAGACCGGCGGCAAGGCCCGCGCCAAGGCCAAGUCGCGCUCUUCGCGCGCCGGCCUGCAGUUCCCCGUGGGCCGUGUGCACCGGCUGCUGCGGAAGGGCCACUACGCCGAGCGCGUGGGCGCCGGCGCCCCGGUGUACCUGGCGGCCGUGCUCGAGUACCUGACGGCCGAGAUCCUGGAGCUGGCGGGCAACGCGGCGCGCGACAACAAGAAGACGCGCAUCAUCCCCCGCCACCUGCAGCUGGCCAUCCGCAACGACGAGGAGCUCAACAAGCUGCUGGGCGGCGUGACGAUCGCGCAGGGCGGCGUGCUGCCCAACAUCCAGGCCGUGCUGCUGCCCAAGAAGACCAGCGCCACCGUGGGGCCGAAGGCGCCCUCGGGCGGCAAGAAGGCCACGCAGGCCUCGCAGGAGUACUGAGGGGCCGCCCGCCCCGCGCCACCACAAAGGCCCUUUUAAGGGCCACCACCGCUCUCACGGAAAGAGCUGAGCCACGGCCGCUGCCCCUCCCCCGCGCCGCGCACCUGCACGCGCCUCGGGCCGGGCUCGUGACUCAGCCGCCCCACGCUGCGGGGCUGCGGCGCCUGCCGGGAGGCGGCCCAGGACUGGGGCACCCGUCUGCGGCUUCCCGGCCUCGGCGGGAGAUGCGCUGCCCGGAGGACUGCC